AUGCUUCCCGGCUCCGAUCGUGAACUCUACUGUAGUGGAGCCGUCCUGGAUCAGGUCCAGAGAGCCAAACUCUUCCCAGAUGAUAAACACUUUGUGGACAUGAAGCUGAACUCUGCUCCUGAUCUUGUUCUGUCGUCCUUUCACAACCUCACCGCUGGGUUCCUGAACUCCACGGUUCCUCCCGCUAGGCUGCAGGAGUUCCUGGAUCAGUACUUUGAGGAACCUGGGACGGAGCUGGAGCCGUGGACUCCACCAGACUGGAUCGACCAGCCAGAGUUCCUGACGGGAAUCAAAGAUGAUAAGCUGAGGGAGUGGGCGGGGCAAAUACAUAACCUGUGGAAAUCUCUGGGCAGGAAGAUCCGCAGUGAUGUCAAAGAUCACCCGGAGCUCUACUCGCUGAUCCACACCCCCCACCCCGUGGUGGUGCCGGGGGGGCGCUUCAGGGAGCUCUACUACUGGGACUCCUACUGGGUCAUCAACGGGCUGCUGGUGUCCGGGAUGACGAGCACGGCCCACGGCAUGAUCCAGAACUUUCUGGACCUGGUCAGCAGGUACGGCUUCAUUCCAAACGGGGGGCGGAUUUACUACGAGAGGCGGAGCCAGCCACCGUUCCUCACCCUGAUGGUGGAGAGCUUCUUCAAAGCCACCAACGACACAGAAUUUCUGAGAGCUGCUUUGCCGGUCCUGAAGGAUGAGUACGGGUUCUGGAUGCAGAACCGCUCGGUGGCUUUGGAUGUCGCCGGGGCAGAACACAGACUGAACCGGUUCCACGUGGAGGCGGGUCUGCCCAGGCCCGAGUCCUACACGGAUGACCUGGAGCUGGCAGAGGGACUCUCUGAAGGUCUUCGAGAGCAGCUGUGGGCGGAGCUAAAAGCAGGUGCGGAGUCCGGCUGGGACUUCAGCUCCCGCUGGUACAUCGAUGCCGAAGGCCACAACGACGGCGCCCUCAAAGACACGCGCACCAGCCAGAUCCUGCCCGUCGACCUCAACGCUCUGAUGUGCCGCACCGAGCGGACCCUGGCCUCCUUCUGCCGGGCGCUGGGUGAGGACGAGUCUGCGGCUGCGUACGAGCAGGCGGCGGCCCGGAGGGUGGAGGCCAUGGAGGCGCUGCUGUGGGACCCCGAGAGAGGAGCCUGGUUUGACUACAGCCUGCUGUCCAAAUCCAAACACCUGGAGUUCUACACCUCCAACCUGGCGCCGGUCUGGGCCGAGUGCUUCUCUCUGCCGGAGAUGGGGGAGAGGGCGAUGCAGUACCUGAAGGAAAGUGGCGCCCUCAACUUCCCCAACGGAGUCCCCACGUCCCUGAGGGAGUCUGGGCAGCAGUGGGACUACCCCAACGCGUGGCCCCCCCUGCAGCACAUGCUCAUAGAAGGUUUCUCCAGACUCCCCUCAGACGAGGCCCAACAGCUGGCUUUGGAUUUGGCGCAGCGCUGGAUCCGGACCAACUGGCUGGCCUACAACGAGUAUGAAGCCAUGUUUGAGAAGUAUGACGUGAAUGGAGACGGCAAACCCGGCGGCGGCGGAGAAUAUGAAGUGCAGCUGGGCUUCGGUUGGACCAACGGCGUGGCUCUGCAGCUCCUGCAGCAGUACGGAGCCGGCCUCACCUCGGCGGGCCGCCGGGCGCGCCCCGACCUCCUGCUGCCUCUGGUCUUCACGGCUCUCAUGCUCCGCUGAGUCCGAGGUGUCAGAGAGACUUUUUAGUAUUCCUGCUUCACCUUCACGACAUCACUCCUGUCUGCUGAGCAGCUGCACCAAAACAAACCGACUUAUCUCACCAUCCAGAGUGGACUCCUUCCCUUCCUUUUUGUCUGCCUCUUCUAAAUCCUGAGUGAUCUGGAUCAUGUAAUUAGAAGGUUUAAGGGGAUGUAAUUUAUCACAAGUGAGGAUUACUCUGAUGAAUGUUUUUGUAUUUCCAAUCAGAGCUAAAUGAUCCUUGACUUUAUGAGAAGCUGCAGAUCAUUUCUGCCCUUCUGGACGGCUGGCAGCUCAAACCUCAACAUUAACUUGUUCUAGAUAUUGAGCUGCGAUUACAGUUAUUCACCUAAUUAAAUUAUAAAGUUUAUGGCUUCACUCCCACAAACCCACUCUGAAUGUAAAUGAGCUCAUGUGAGAAAUAAAACUGGAAGAGAAAGCUUUGGAUGUGCAUCAAAUAUUGGAUUCAUUCCGAGCGUUUGUCUGUAAUAAAUCCAUUUAUGAUUUGAAGGAAACAUGUUUUUAAGGUUGAACUCAAACCGUUUGGUGGGAAACCAUGAAAUUAAAUUAAAUUAAAUGAAUGAGAAAAAAAUUAUGAGAUACGACUGAAAACAUGACCAAAAAAAAAAAACUGUACAAGAGAAAAAAAAUGUAAAGUUAUCUGAAAAAUAAACUGAAAGGUUUACGAGAUUAAAGUCGGAAAAUUAUAAGAAAAGUUUACAAGAAUCGACGAGAAGUCAAAAUUCAGAGAAA